AGAGGUGGCGGCGGAUUCUGGAGAAAGAGGCGAAGCAUAGUACUACUACUAGUAGUUAGUUAGUAGUGUCAUUCAUCCCUUAUUAACAGAUCCAACGGUCAGUAUCUAAACCCGUCAUUUAAUCCAACGGUUGUACCUUCAACCUCGUUCACAAAGACAAUACAUCCAAGAAUCCUCAUCAUAAAUACUAAUCCUCUUGUACCCUCGCCGCUCUCUCUCUCUCUCUCUCUCUCUCUCUCUCAAAUUCCAGAUUCUAUAAUUCUCUUCAAUUCAUUACCCUUAUCUCUAUUUCUCCAUCAAAACAAAUUUAUCUCUCUUAAAUUUAUGACUAUCGCUUGCCGUAUCAAUUUGUAAUUCUGAGAAGGAAAACAAAAAAUAUACAGAGAGUGAGAGAUAGUGGGGUAUAGUAGUAAUAAUUAAUUAGACGAUAAGAUGCAAUCAUCCAACGGCUCUGAUUUGCAACCAACGGACCAACAGAAUCAACAACGCCAACAGAAAACAACGCCGCCGCCGCCGCCACACCAGUGGGUGCCGAUGCAAUACCCUGCGGCAGCAAUGGUAAUGCAGCAUCACAUGUUACCGCCUCAACAUUAUGCGCCGCCGUCACCUCAUCACUACAUUCCUUACCAUCACUACCAGCACCAAAUUACGCACGUGCAUCAACGAUCCAGCGCCGAUAAUAAGACCAUCUGGGUCGGUGAUUUGCACCAUUGGAUGGAUGAAAAUUAUCUCCACUGUUGUUUCGCUUCCACCGCUGAGAUUUUUUCCAUUAAGGUUAUUCGCAAUAAGCAUACUGGUCAAUCAGAGGGUUAUGGAUUCGUGGAGUUCCAUUCACAUGGCACAGCUGAGAAAGUUUUGCAGAAUUUUGCUGGGGUUUUGAUGCCUAACACAGAUCAACCUUUUCGCCUUAACUGGGCAACAUUUAGCACAGGAGACAAACGUUCAGAUAAUGUUCCUGAUCUUUCUAUUUUUGUAGGAGAUUUAGCUACUGAUGUUACAGAUAGCAUGUUGCAUGAAACUUUCUCUAAUAAAUACCCUUCUGUUAAAGCUGCAAAAGUUGUUUUUGAUGCCAAUACCGGUCGUUCAAAGGGUUAUGGUUUCGUUAGGUUUGGAGAUGAUAACGAGAGGUCUCAGGCUAUGAAUGAAAUGAAUGGUGUUUACUGUUCUAGCAGGCCUAUGCGAAUCGGGGCUGCAACUCCUAGGAAAUCCUCUGGCUAUCAACAAGGAGGCCAGUCAAAUGGCACAUCCAGCCAAUCCGAAGCUGAUUCUACAAAUACAACUAUAUUUGUUGGAGGACUUGACCCUAAUGCUACUGCUGAAGAUCUCAGAGAACCAUUCUCCGAGUAUGGUGAGAUAGUCUCAGUUAAGAUACCUGUCGGAAAAGGAUGUGGCUUUGUACAAUUUGCCAACAGAAAUAAUGCUGAAGAGGCAUUGCAGAAGCUAAAUGGUGCAACAAUUGGCAAGCAAACAGUUCGUCUUUCUUGGGGCCGCAAUCCGGCAAAUAAGCAGUUUAGGAUGGAUUUCGGCAGUCCCUGGAAUGGGGCGUAUUAUGGAGGGCCUGUUUAUGACGGUUAUGGAUAUGCUGCAUUGCCGCAUCCCCAUGACCCUAGCAUGUAUGCUGCUGCUUAUGGGGCUUACCCCAUUUAUGGAGGACACCAACAGCAAGUAAGCUGAAUGAAAUGUAGUGCAGAAGUAAUACUCACAACAGCAUCAUGUUUAAACGAGAAAAAUAACUUUUCUCCCUUGUAACUUGCUUGGUCUGUUGUAUUCUGAAGAAUCCCUCCUAAUUGUGGAGUGGACUUGAGUUUUGACAGCAUGAGGUAGAACAGUAGGAAUCAAUUUAAUCAUUCGUUUAGUUAGUUAGCCUCGUAGGAGUAAUGAGGAACUUAAAACUCAUUUAUUGAAAUAAUUAUCUCUAAGUAUGCCUCUGCACUAGCUAUUGCCUGCAAUAUACAGGUCCUUGGUUCUUACA